AUGGCUGAGGUGGAAAUUGCACCGACCUUUGGUGCUGAGUUAAAGGAUGGCUUUAAACCCGCUAGCGCCUGGGUAGCUAACGGUGUUGCCUGGCUUGACGAUAUACAAAAUUUCUACCGAGAACGCGCUGUUAUCGAGAAGGAGCACAGCGCAAGACUCAAUGCCUUAGCUAAAAAGUAUUUCGAGAAAAAAAAUAAAAAGACGACUAGCUUGAGUGUUGGCGACACGCCUGCUAUGACCCCGGGCUCUCUCGAAAAUGCUUCUCUAACUAUAUGGACUACUCAUCUUACAACACUCGAAUCGCUAGCAACCGAGCACGAGAAUUACGCGAACGAACUUGUCCAAAAAGUUGCCGAGCCCAUGAAGCAAUAUGCUACUAAAUUCGAGGAACUGCGCAAACGUCAUGUCGAAUAUGCUACUAAACUAGAGGCCGAAAGAGAUUCUUCCUAUGCCGACCUUCGUAAAACCAAGACCAAAUACGAUGCUGUGUGUCAAGAGGUGGAGAGUAAGCGAAAGAAGACGGAGUCCUCUUUUGACAAGGCGAAGGCUCAAAGUCACUACCAACAGCAGCUACAGGACAUGAAUAAUGUCAAGAACACCUACUUGAUAGCUAUCAACGUGACCAAUAAGCAGAAAGAAAAAUAUUACCACGAAUACGUCCCUGAAGUGUUAGACAGCUUGCAAGACCUCUCGGAAUUCAGGACUAUGAAAUUGAAUGCCUUAUGGUCUACUGCGGCGAACCUGGAGAUUACAAUGCUGCAGCAGAGUAAUUCCCUGGUCGACCACUUAGCUCAGGAGGUCACGCGAAACCAGCCACAUUUAGAUUCUAUGAUGUACAUCCGACAUAACAUGGGCGCUUGGCAAGAACCAACUGACAAGAUGUUCGAACCAAGUCCUGUAUGGCACGACGAUGACCUUAUGGUUACUGAUGAGAUGGCCAAAGUUUUCUUACGCAAUGUGCUUAAUAAAUCAAAGAGCCAACUAGGAGAACUUCGGCGAGAAGUAGACAAGAAGAGGAGGGAAAUCGACGGUGUCAAGCGUGUUAAGCAAAGGAUACGCGAAGGAAAAGAGAAUAAGGACGAAGUACUGGUCGUGACGCAGAUUUUUUCUAUGCAGGAAGAUUUGCAUCAAGUUGAUCGGAAGCGCCUCACCGCCGAGGUCGAAACUUCGACCAUUACAUCAGCUGUGGGAGAUGUCACUCUUGGAGCUAAAAAUCACAAUUUCAAAUCACAGACGUUCAAGAUACCGACGAAUUGCGACCUUUGUGGCGAAAGGAUAUGGGGUUUAUCUGCAAAGGGCUUCGAUUGCAGAGAUUGUGGCUACACGUGCCAUAGUAAAUGCGAAAUGAAAGUUCCUGCGGAAUGUCCCGGUGAGCUAUCCAAAGAUGAGCGCAAGAAAUACAAGGCGGAACGGCAAGCGGCAGCAGGAGCUCUGCUGAAACCUCCUUCCGGCCCGCCAGAGCAUGUCGCAGAACUGCCAACUUUGAGCCGAUCAAAUACUAUGAAUUCUUUGAGCUCUGGAUAUGCAGCUAGCGCAAAUCGGUCAAUAAGCGGCUCGGUCGUAAGCCCGCGCUCUCCCGCUGAAGAUGCACCACCUGAACCUGGCCCUCGUCCUGCUGUUAAAAAGAGUCGUCUUGUCGCUCCACCACCCGCCGCGUAUAUCAGUGAACUGCCUGGUAGCUCGGUCCCGGGCCUAGGCUCGGCCCCAGCUGCUAAGGCUGCCGAGCAAAAGGGCAAGAUGCUCUACGCAUUUGAAGCAAGCGGUGGCGAUGAGGUCUCUGUUCCUGAAGGGCGAGAGAUAGUUAUUCUUGAGCCUGAUGACGGGUCGGGAUGGGUAAAGGUUCGAAUUGGUUACAAAGAAGGAAUAGUGCCUGCAAGCUACCUUGAGGUUUUCCCGAAGGCUAUGGUUCCUCAAGACACAGGUUCUUCGUUGAACGAGCGGCCCGCAUCCACUUAUUCAAAUUCGGGUUCGUCAGUAGGCACAGCUGGUGCUACCAUCAAAAAGAAAGGACCAGCAGUCGCACCCCGUCGUGGUGCUAAGAAGUUGAAGUAUGUUAUCGCGAUGUACGAUUACGCAGCACAGAGCGACGCCGAACACAGUAUGGCAGAGGGCGAACGAUUUGUAUUGAUUAAGGAAGAUCCGGGAGACGGGUGGGCCGAAGUAGAAAAAGGGGGUGCGACAAAGAGUGUGCCUGCAAGUUACGUACGGAGCGCAUAAUCUCAGCGAAAAAACUAGCUAUCUAGGUACCUUACGUUUCACUACCCGCAUUAGCAUCACUGGAGGUUCAUGGAUGAUGAAGUAUAUGAAAUAGCAUUGGAUAGACGGCGACAUACAUAUACAUGUAACGAGCGAUGUUGAUAAGUCAGAAGG